UCCUAAGUGGUUCUGAACGUUUCUGACAUCAUAUUCAUGUUCGCCAGAGUGAGUUCUAUCUGACCAUGUCUUCAGAAUAUGAAAACGUAGGGUGGCAGAUAUCGCUACUUAUCCGGCGGUGUCCUUUCAGUAUUUAGGUACAUGUUAAAGAAUCACAUAGUAAAUACGAUAUAUCACCCAAACGUUCCUUUCUUUAGGCUUACAGGCAGCGUAUAAAGAUGACGAACAGCUGUGUAUAUGGUUCAGAUCAUUUGCUGCUGUGGCAUUAUUACCACUUUCGGACAAUGAUAUAAUCAUUUUACAAGCAAAAAAUGGAAAACCUAUGAAAGUUAUUGGUAAUAAAAAAGAAACCAACGAUCUCCAGACAAAACCACAACAAUAUCACUUUCAUCCACAACAUCUUCAAACAUCGUAUGACCAAUAUCCAUCGACAUCAUUCGUGAAUCAUGAAUUAUUAUCAACAACACUCGAAAACGACCAGCAAUCGUGUGCAUCCACAACAUCAGAAUCUAAUCAUGAUCAAACAUCAAGAGAUAUUACACAAUCACAAACGGAACCGAUAAUGGUGAGACAACAAGUAAGCUCUGACCGGCCACAAUAUCGUGCACAAUUAGAGAAUUUAGAACUGAAACAUCAUCGUGAAUUAAUUCAAUUAAGCUUAGAACAUCUGCAACAAUCAUCAUCAUCCGUUAUCCAAUUAGAAACAACGUCCGCACCAUCAGAUCGAGCAGUGGCAUAUUAUACUCUAUGCUUAAUGAUAAAAUUAGAAACUAUUGGUAAACAACUCAUUAAGCAACAACAUGUUAAAACGAAAAUGCAACAAAUAUUACGUUGGACAUUAUUAUUAUUAAUGCUGAUUAUGUUUGGUGGCGCACUAAUAAGUCAAAAAAAACAUCAACGGAUGGCAGUUAUGAUUCUCUUGGUCCUGAAUUAG